CACAAUUUGGUCUUCACCGACCUCGCUAUUUGGUUUGUCGCCUGAAAUAUAUAAUAGUCGAAGGACACUAUGGAGACGGACAUUCUUCCAAAGGGCAGCAAAGAUGCCUUGGUCGAUAGACACGUCGCUAUCGUUCAUCACCCUUCUCCUCACAGGAACCUCGUUCCUUCUUAAAAUCUGGAACCAUGUUGUAAAUAGGUCUUACGGGAGGGUUCUACCCCAAGGAGUAGUCAGAUCUACCCCCGAAACCUCGAUUAUCAGAAGACAACAACAACAUCAUCAUCAUCAACUACACAAUGUCGAUCCAGAUAUUCUGCUCGAAUCUGGGCUACAUCCCGGAGCCUACCAAACGCUGAUUGUUAAUCAGACAUUCGUUGUAAACAUCAGUUCGGUUGCGCAUACUGUAUGACCGACGUAGCUGCUCCAGCUUUACCUUCGAUAUCUAUUUAUCGGGAUUUACAGAGAUUCAAUAUGGCUUUGGGAUAUUACAACUAUCUCAAUAACCUUUAAAAAAGAGAAAGUUCUUGGAUUUGUGAAUCGCAAUACAGCUUUUGGGCCCUAAUACAGUUUGAUUAGAGGGAAGUGGGGCUCAUACCAGUGGACAGUCUCAAGCC